AUCUACGGAAGCCGAGAAGCUGCUGUUAGGCACGUUUGCACUUCGCGCUGGCGAGGUAGCGUGGAGUCAGUGGGUUUGCAGAGGGAAGGGAAACGGCGCAGGAACGCGCUCACUGCUAUCUGACUCGCGUCUCCAUCCCCGGGCGCAUCGGCGUCAAACUGCAGCGCACGAUUUCACACGUUUUCACAUUUCUGCGUUUUCAUUCAAGUGUAGCAGCGACAACAGGCGCUUUUUUCAUAUGGUAUCAUUUUUUUUUUUUUUUUUUCAAUUUAGAGUUUUUUUUUCCCCUUUCACCAGAUGUUGACAGAGAACAGCUUGGUUCAGCGUCGCAAGACGGCAGACAGCCGAGUGGGAGAUGCCCGAAAGCGGUCAGGCUGUGGAGCGCGGUGUGCGCGCGGGCACCUGUGAGGCUGAAGCGGCUGCGUGUCCCGGUGUUUUGGCGUUGAUCGGUGUGAUUGGUGUCGGUGCGCGCGUGAGGAGCUCAGCGGCGCCGCUGCAGCAGCGCGGAGCGUGAAGUGCGUUCGCCUCCCGACAGCUCUGGUCACCAUGGCGACCUUUAUUAAAGAAAAUUUAGAAGGCCACACCAGCUGGAGACUUCUGAUUGGCAGAGAGGAGAGAUCCAGCAUGACCUUGGUGGUAGCUGUCAAAACAGUCAUGUCUCUGCCAUCUUACAUACCGUGCCAUAGUCCUACAUGCUUCAGAAUGACUCAAGACGCUACAGAUGUAACAAACUGGCAGGGUAGCAUUGCCAUGGAAACAUGCGAUUUGUGAGUGAGAGGAGAAUCAGUUGAGAGAAUCUAGAAAAAGGGAUAACACAAAAUAUGACCAUAGCAACGCAAAUGAUAAACAUUGCUGGAUAAUUUUCAAGGACUUUACUCCUGAAAUCUGAAGCCCUUGUUUACUGACAGUCUUGCACUCAUACUUGCCGAGCAAGGAACUGCAAGUUGAGAGAGAGGGACUUGUCCUUGGGUCAGCCACUGCAAAUUAACAAAACACAGGCAGAUAUUUACUGCCUAAAUUAUAUACGUGUACUGUGAAAUCUAUCAAAAUAAGAGGCAAUGAGUCGACUUUCAGGCCGUCUGCGAUCUGGAAGUGUGCGUUUGGUUUGUGAAGCCCUGGGUGGGGAGGACUGCAGUGAAGCUGAAGGCUCCUGGAUGGGAGAUAUGGGGCCUGGAGUCACUUCAGCAGGGGCAAGUGGCUCUGACCCAGCUGCUUCACUACACUAUAGAUUGUUUUCACCUCCUUCACUUGCUAAUGGUCUCCGUAAUCAUGAUGACCAGUUUCAGCGCAGAGCAAGGAGACGCAGACAGAUGGACCAUGUGGAACAAACGCACAUGCAUGAACAAAUUCACAUUCAGUCACACACACGCCCACAGAUGCACAUACACCAACAACCACUUUCACAACAACAGAGCACUCGCACAGAACACUCUAACACACGUCUACAAUCUCAAAUGCACAUUCAAAUGGAUACCCAUGUGCACACUGAGAGAGAUGUAAUGAUGCACAAGCAUACACAUACAGAGAUGGUCAGAUCUUCAACUGUGGAAGAGGACACCUCUCUUGUCCCAGAGGAUCUGUCUAUUACUCCAAAGACUGAAACAUACACUUCCUUUGUCCAUUCAGCCCAUUCACUGCAUACCAACCAACUCUCAAAAAACUACUCAGCCCUUCAACCCAACCCUGCUUCUACAAGUAAGGUUGAUGCAGAGAAACCCUCUAAUACCAGUAAACUGGAGAGAAAUCCCUUAACUAACCCUGAAUUAGGUCAUAGUUCUAGUGCAAGCCACAAUCCUGUCAACACCCCUAUGGAGGCUGAGAGGAAGUAUACCCUGCGGAGUUCUGGUCGGCCACGUUUCCCCUGCCACCUUCGCAAGUCAUCUCGUUUACGCAGAGCUGCAGAGGAUAAUGUAAUGAAAAGAGAAGUAGAACAAAAAGAGGCAGAGGAGGAUAGGAACAUCUGGAGAGGAGAAGAGAUUAGACCAAGGGAAGAGUGUCCUCUAGAAGUGGCUGUGGCUGCUUCAUCCCUUGAGGUUUCACCAGCUCCUACUAAUUCAAUUCGUAUGAUGCCAAAUCAUAGUGUAGGAAUACCAUUUGGGAAGGCAGCAAGUGAAGGCAGCACUGUGAUUCAGCAUUCACAGAGAGCUAAACAUCGAGGUCGUUUUUUAGGUGUGAGAAAGAUAGUGGUAAAAAUCGCAAGAAUUCCUGUGCAUCUUAGUCGACGACAGAAAAGCUAUAAGAUCUCCUCUCUAGAGCCUGUGGCAGUGGGGUCACAUGGGGAAGGGUGUACUGCAGGAGAAGCACCAGAAGGGGGAUCUGGUGGAGAGACGAGUGCACAUAUUUCAAGGGAACCCACUGCUCUACUCCGCAUGAAAAACAAUGGGAAGAGUGUAAUGGUGAUGUUUCCUCCAGGAGAACUACCAGUCAUCUUGAAACGGCGAAGAGGGCGGCCCCCUAAACAGGCUUUACCAGGACAGCCUGAUAUGCGUGAGACUAGAGCUGGGGCUGCAAGUGCUGCAGAGCCCAAGAAACCCAGGAGGCGUCGGCGAGUAAAGCUACCUUCCCCUCUGCCCUCGUAUGUUAAUGAUACCAAUGAUGUUAAAGUAGAAUACGCAGAUGUUCUCUCUAAACUGGCCUUCUUAAACCGGCAACCUCCCAGUACUGGCCGUUGCUCCCCACCACGCUGUUGGACUCCAACCGAACCUGAGACCUUCCACGCAUCUCCAGAAAACCCAAAUCUGUCCACGCUACUGCAUCGCCUCACAGGCUUCCGUAGGCGAGGUGGUCGUGCAGGCUGUAUGGGAGGGAGGGGAGGGGGUAUGACUGGGUGCUCGGAGGCUUUUAAGAGGUCCUUCAGUGAUUUUUUUGAGACAAUUGGCAAAAAGCGCAAAGUUCCUCUGUCUGAACCAGGAACUCCACGAAAAAGGGGGAAAGGGCUUAGUGGUGGAAUGAAGAGGGCAGCCUUGAGCGAGCAAGGUAGUCUGGUGACUGGGGAAAAGAUUAGAAAACGGCGUUCAAGAAAGAAUGGGACAUUAAAAGGUGAUCAGAGAGUUCUGGAUCAAGACUGGCAAAAUGGAAAUAGUGGGUGGGGAGAGAAGGGUGAUCCAGAUCCAAGUAGUUACCAGGGCUCAUGUUCACCUCGUGGAAGCUUUCCGUCCUCUGAGACUGGCAAAGGGGGAGUGUACCAUAGCCCUGGAAUGAGAGGAGCUGGCAGUGCAGAGGAAUGCCAGGGAAUGUUUGCAGGAUACUUUCGUUCUUUACUUGAUUCAGAUGACUCCUCAGAUUUGCUGGACAUCUCCAUGUCCAGCCCUACAGGACACCAAGAUGCUCGUAAAAUCACUCCAGGAUAUGAGGGCAGCAGUCCAGGUGCAGCCCAUUGCUGGUCUCCAGCUUUCCCUAAAAGAAGCCCUAAAGUAGCAGCUUGUACUGGAGAGGGGGGCUCCCUUUCCUCAGCCCAAUCUCAUAGCAGUUCUGCAACUAGGACCCCAUAUUUAUACAGUGUAUCCCAAACUUCCCCAACCACUUCUUUCUCAAAAUCGCCUGCUCUUUCUCUCUCUCGGUCACCCAGUUCUCCUCAUCCUUCUUCUGGUUGUUUUUCCCAAUACCCCUCCACUUAUAGUGGAAAUGUGCCUCAAGGAGCAGGCGUUUGCCCCGUGACUCAGCAGCAGCACAGAUCAAGUGACUGCAGCUUUGCCUAUGGCACUAAAACCUCCCCUGCCUCUUCAACACAACGCCAUAUUAAUUAUUCAAGUUAUCAAGCAUCUGCCAAGCGACAUUAUAGUGCAUUUCCUGGGCCUACCCAUGUCCCCAUGCAGCAGAAUGAGUCUAUUGGUCCAUCAUCCCCAAGUGGAAGUUACAUGUCAAUAUCAAAAACUAGCUCCUUCUCUUCAUCCUCAUCUCCUCCCGAAGGUUCCAGACAAUACCAGUGCUCUGCUCCUUGGGGUUACAGGCAAGGGGGAUCUACCUGGGGUGGUGAUGGAUUUGGUACUCAUCAGUUUCAUGGUUACGCUGACUAUGGAGUCAGCGGAACGAGCUCUGAGUCCAAAGACAUCCUAGACAUUUCAAAUUACACACCCCAAAAGGCAAAGCAGCGUCCCUGCCCUGACACAUUUUCUGAGUCCUCCUCUGAUUCCUCCCACACAGGAAUAGGAAGCAUGGGGGGGACCUUCUGCCCUAGGGAUGCACCAGUGUCUGAGGGGCAGUCAAGCCUGUCAAGCCUGGAGAAGCUGAUGUUAGAUUGGAAUGAAAAUUCUGCAGGCCCCUCUUAUAACUGGAGUCAGAAUGUUUUGUUUCAAGGUGGGACAAAACCAGGCAGAGGCCGAAAAAAACGGUCUGAUGCACAGAGUGAGAAGGAAACAGGCCAUAUUCCCCCAGGAUCACCUGCAAGUCCUCCUGUGCAGGGAGUUGGACCAAAGCGUAGUGCUUCUGCGGGCCGACAGCCUAGGGGGAGUAGGGGUAGGGGAGGCUUUUCUCCUUGCCAAAGAGAGCGAUCUUUACCACCAAAGCCCAAACUUCAAAAGCCUGCAGCCCCCCCAGCAGCAGGGCAGAUGACUUCAUCAGGGGGACUAUACCAGGAAACAUUAGAUUAUUACAGUGGAGAUAGCAGUAGCCUUUCACCACUAAGUCAUGCCCCUGAGCUCUGUGAAUACCCCUCUCCUUACUCUGCCCAUACCUCUACUCCAUCUUCUGAUGAAAGAUUUGCCCAUAUUUACCCCUCGGACUCUGCCUCUCUUUCUCCCAGCCUGUCAACUCAGUCAGAUGUCCUAAAGCAGCACCCUAAACCUACACCCCCCCCACAGACAUAUGGACAUACUACCAGGACAUUCAGCCCUACACUCUCCCCUAGUCCUCGCCUUCCGCCACAGUGUAGCUCAGCCAUGAGUCCACACCGUGUGCCAAAGGACCAAUUUCCACAGUAUGACUCACCCAGUUACAGUAGCUCUCCUUGCUGGUAUGGGCAGGGUGGGAGUGUUGCUCAUAGUCCCCAGAGCUAUGAAGAGCUGCGCUCCACUGCCAUCACUAUGCCUUCACACAAACGGGACAUGUCUCUAAUUAGCUCUGGGAUGAGAGCACCAUCCCAUUCUUCUUUUACUACACCUUUACUCAGAGGACAUACUAUGUCCUCUUCUUGUGUGGGUGGGAGUCAAGACUCUUCUCCCCAGCAUGAGGAGUUGGGUUAUCAUGCUAAUAUGGACAGCUAUGCACCUGUAGGGCACCGUUAUGUGUCCCAAAGUUCCCGAGGGGGGGUUCUCUGCCAACUGUUGGAUCAACCCAGUGAUGAAGGCUUCACUGUCACCAGCCUGUAGUUAGCAUUAUUGUACCAUCCCAAUAAAGAUGAUUUGGACUACACCAUUUUCAUGUUUCUAAUAUUUUAUAAGAAUGUCAUGUUACAGAAGAAACUUGUUAGAUAGGAUUAAGGAGAUUUGGAACUGUGGACUAAAAGAUGAUUUCUUCAGCAGUGACAAUCAAGACACACACACACACACACACACAUACACGCACACGCACACACACACACACACACACACACACACACACACACACAGAACAACUGAAACAGCACAUGCAUACACAGAUAGAUGCUCCUACAUGCACAAGACCAGUUGUGAAGCUUGGGUGGAGUAUUUUUUUCUGGAUGGACAGACAUAUUGCUAAUGUCAACUAGAAGAGCUCCUCCGCUGAACUGCAGAAAUCCUCAGAAUGCAAAUAUUACUCAUUUAAACAGAAACCCAGAUAUGCCUGCGACGGUUGUUCAUUCUGAUGUGAGAGAUCAUGCAAAAGGUUUUUGGACUUCACACUGAUCUCUCUGUUUUUUCUCUGCUCUGAUUCGCUUUCUGUGUCUAUCUGUCUCUUCUAGUCUCAACAUCAUCUCUGGUCAUGUCAAUAGAGAUUAAUUACUUACUCCCCAGAAUCUACCACCUUGGCAGGGUUUUUGAUGUUGACCCUGCUCCCUACACAGACUUUAUCUCCCUCAUCCCACCUUAUGUGCUGUCUGCUCCAAAAUACCAGCAUCUGUACAUAAGUCACACCAACCAACUUAACGCCAGAAAUAACAAUGCAAUGACAUAAAUAACUGAAGUAUAGCAAUUACAGAAGUGGAGAAAGUUUUGCAAAGGCUGUAAAUUUAUUACCAAAUUAUCAUGAGAAUGUUACAGAAUUUCUGUUAUGACAUGUAAGACGUGAUGUCAAUUUUUAAGUGACUUUAAAUGGUUCCACUUGAUUCUGUGCAAAUAGUUACUGCAAACAUUUUAAGCAAGGGUAUGGUUUGGUCCAAUAGAGUUUGACUGAAUCAAAUGCCUUCUUUCUCUGUUCUUGAUCACAGCCUGCAGCAUGGUCAUACCCUGCCCAACACCCAGUUCUUGUCUCUGUAUUUUUGUAAUUUUCUGUCAGGAGGACAGACACUCAUGCACUGACCCCAAAGAUGCUGCUCUGGCAAAGGUGCUGAGAGGCCAGUCUUUCUGAGCAUGGAGGUCUGGAACUCAGGGUGUUGACAAUGCCUAUUCUCCUACUCAUACUGCUCCCCCUCCUUUUUUCUCUCUCCACUGUUCCUAUUUCUUGUGGUCUGCUGUGUCGUACAGUGAUUUUUUUGUGAUGAAAUACUGUAUCUGUCUGUUCCAUAUACUGUAUCUAAGGUGGGAAUAUUUAAAUACACAUUCUGUUCUUAUCAUUGCUUAACUCUGUCCUGCCUCUACUCUGUGGAGUGGCGUGAGAAUGUUACACAUAAGACAAGGCAGGCAAAACAGAGAUAAAAAAACUCCAAAAUAUAUGAUUACAGUUAUAUCUGUUAACCUAUAAAUUUAAUAAUCAUUAAGGCAAUAGGGUUGUAAUAGGGCUGUAAUAGGGUUGGUAGUAGGAGAGACAAUGGGUAUGGUGACCCGUAAGUACAAAACACAUUAACAAAGCAAAAACACAACAUCAUAUCAGAAAGUGCAACAACAAAACCAAAACACAACAGCAAAUAAAAAAAAUGCAACAGCAAAACCAAAACACAACAACAAAUCAGAAAAUGCAACAGCAAUACCAAAAACACAACAGCAAAUUCAGAAACAUCGAAAUUAACUCAAAAUGUAAAAGGUAGGUCCUUACUGACCAGUACAUGUUUGUUGCUGAUUGGACACAGUGUAUGACUAUCACAAAGAAAAAGAAAUGCACUUUUUCAGUCUGUUAUCAAAUUAGCCUAGCAAUAAUUCAUCUAACUGGAUCUAACUUCUCCUAGCUGUCUGUUUUCUGCAGGCUCUCAUACUGAAGUACACUGAAGCCAAUCAGCAGCUAGCAUGUGAUAUUAAAUAAGGAAGUUCACUUUCUGUUUGGUAAUGUUUAUGUUUUUUUGAUUUUGCUGUUUUGGUUUACAUUUGUUGGUGUUUUUGCUUUUGCUGUUGUGUUUUGAUUUACUGCUGAUUUUCUGAUUUACUGUUGUGUUUUUGAAUUUGCUUUUGCGGUUGGUUAAUGUGUUUUGCUCACCGGCACAGUGGUACAGAGGGCAGCGUUGCUACUUCAUAGCUCCACGGUCCCUGGUUCGAUCCUGAGCUCAAGUUACUGUCUCUGCAGAGUUUUGCAUGUUCUCCCCGUGUUUGCAUGGGUUUCCCCCACGUUCACUGGUUUACUCCCACUGUCCAAAAACAUGCAGGUAGGUGGAUUGGCUGGUGUCUCAUCCAAGCUGAAAUCCGUGACCCUGAUCAUGUCAUGGUUACUGAAGGUGAAUGAAUGAAUAACUCGGGGCUACCGUACAAAUGUUUUAUACAGCCAUUUUGAUGUGACAACUUGCACAGCCCACAUAUUUCAAAGGAAACACAAGUACAAUCAAAACCCAGUAUUUUAAAAUAAAUAGCAUAAUUUGCCAACACUAACCUAGAACGUCUGAAUAAAUAUGAACUUUAUCAGCUUUACUUACAGGUGAAAUGUUUGUGGGUUACUGCCACGUUCUGUUCUUGACUGAGAUUAACCAACUUGACCAACAUAUUUAAAAGGUAGAGUUGAUUUGACCAGUGAGUGGCCCCAUGGGCCUUUCACAUAAUGAGGAAAGAACUGCCAAAUUUCUUUUAAAGUGGUCCAUUGAAAAGAACAUUUUAGAGGAUGUUUUUUCACACUUGAAAUAGCUUUAUGGCUUGUGAGCUUGUGAAAUUACUGUGUAAAAGUGAAGGAAAAAUUAUUACAGGUUAUAAAAUACACAAGUAUCUAAGGGUAAUUAUUCAACUGGGGCCCCUUUGGCCCUGAUUUUGCUGUAAGGAAAGAUUUAAAUCUUAAUGUUUUCUAAACUUUGUGUAGGAAGAAUCCCUUACUGUGGUUGCAAUUAAAUUGUUUAGACUGUCAAUAUUUUUGUACUUUAGCAAUCAGGGGAAACUGUCAUUUCUAUCACUUCGUUAAAUACUGUUUUUUUUUUUCAAGUGAAAACAGACAUACUGUUAUUUUAUAGCAGAGAUUUUAUAGCAGUAUCCAGGUUAAUUUAUACACAAGUAUUUACAAUUUAUUUUUUAAUCUUUUAAAUGCUAUUAUAGAACAUUUCAAUUACAAAUAUCUAAAGAUGAGCUUGCCUGUCAGUUGUAUUUAAUACCAAGAUGUGUGUCAAAACUUUCUAAAAAAUUGUGACUACAAAAAGUGAAAAUACUGACAUAUAUAAAAUAUGCAUAUAAACACACUGUUGUGAUGGAAAUGACAGUUGGAGAUGAUGAGGUGCAGUGGAAAUGACUUAUGUAUGCCAAAUUAAGGAAAACAUAUAACAAUAUAUAAUAUAUAACAACGACCAAGAUUUGGCUUACAAAUUAAAACAAAAACAAAGUUUAAGCCUUCUGCUUAUUUUGUCUGAUUUGUAUUAAAAUCAUUAAUUCUUUCCAAAUUGCAGUUCUAUUUUCUGUCUGGACAACCUCUAAUUCAUGGUGUCCUCUCUAAUAAACUGUAUAAAAUACUAACAGGCAUGUUUUUCUUAAACUACCAAUGUCUUUGAAGGCUAACUGUCAUAGCACAGCAAUUUAUUGGCAGAAUAUAUUCAUUGUUCAAGGAGAGAGCAAACUUCUUUUUGGACCAACAUAUCAAGGAUUGCAUACGCUAUACGGCCAAAGGUUUGUGGACACCUGACCAUCACACCCAUGUAAGCUUCCCCAAACUGUUUCCACAAAGCUGGUAGGACAAUAAUAUAGGAUGUCUUUAUAUGCGGUAGAAUUAAAAUUUCCUUUCACUGGAACUAAGAGGCCCAAACCUGUUCCAGCAUAACCAUGACCCUGUGCACAAAGCGAGCUCCAUGAAGAUUUGGUUUGCCAAUGUUGGAGUGUCCUGCACAAAGCCCUGACCUCAACCCCACUGAACACCUUUGGGAUGAACUGGAAUGAUGACUGCACCCCAGGCCUCCUCACCUGACAUCACUAAUGCUCUUGUGGCUGAAUGAUCACAAAUCCCUACAGCCAUGCUCCAAAAUCCUUCCCAGAAGACUGGAGGUUAUUAUAACUGCAAAGAGGGGACUAAAUUUGGAUUGGGAUGAUCAACAAGCAGAUAUGGGUGUGAUGGUCCCUUGUCCACAAACCUUUGGCCAUAUAGUGUACCUCUUAAUUACUAGAUGGGGCUCAGACACUGGUCCAAGCACAAUUUCUGGUCUGUACCACAUAACAUCUCUUAAAAGAAUCUCUUUUGACAAACACAAAUUAUGGCUUGAAGCACAGCUAUCCACCGUCUGAUGCUUCUAUUCUUCACUGAAACCCUCAGACGUUGGAGCUUGAACUAAAUUCUUUAUACAGUUUUCACGCAAAAAUGAUUGUUGCUAAUGAAAACUAUAUAUCAUAACAGUAAUAUGUUAACACUAUUACGUAAUGUUAUACAGUAUGUUUAGUGUAACUGUGCCACAUAAUGAAACCAUAAUCAAAUAUACCAUGUCUAAAUAUAAGUAAAAGCCAUUUAUCAUCUUUCAAUAUGACACGCAAUACAGUAUGUAUGAGGUGAAGUUUCAGGGCACAUCACUGAAAUUUGCCUCCCCUUUCAUCAUGUGCUCAAAUGUCUCCCAGCAGUUGGAAUGAAAACACUUUAUUAUUAUUAUUAUUAUUAUUAUUUUUGUUGUUGUUGUUGUUGUGUUUAUCAAGCCUAUAGCACUACACAAUAGGCUACAUGACAUAGAGGCACAUGUUGACAGCAGUAAUUAUUUCUUUUUCAAUGCCCAUAUGAAUAAGUUGUAAACAGUUAUUAAUUUUUAUUAAAUAGUAAACCUUUUAAAAGUGAAAACAUUUUAGAAAAAUUCUAGCUGAUCAGUAGAUACAUACUAGAAAAGUAUUGUAAAACAGACCGUAACUCAUUUUAUAUGAUCUAAUUAUGUUAGGGGUUAUCUUAGAGCUGUAUAAACAUGGCAGGCAAUAUUUUGAAUUAUUAAAAAAAGAACCCAUAAAAGACAUUAAAAUACAUUACCCAUGAAUGCGCAUAACUGUACUGUAGGCUGUGUAUGUUUGUGCAGCCUGUUUGACUGCAGUGUCUCUUUUAGCAGUAGGAUUUACCAGUGUGUGUGUGUGUGUGUGUGUGUGUGAGAGAGAUGGACUCUCAGUGCCUCGUUGACAUUCAGCACCACUCGGGCUUUUCUGCACGAGGCGAGGCUUCACGGCGUCAGACCCUGAUGCAGUGCACGCGGUUCAAACGGGGACACGAGCGAGUGCAGAGCAGAGAAUGAGGAACAAAGUGGACAAAAAACAAAACAAGACAUCGCGUAUUUAUAUUCUAUGUAAUUUCACAGAUUAGAUCUCGUUUGAUUUUACCAAUGAUAAUGCCUAUAGGCCCGCACAUUACCGCAUAUAUCUGUAACCUGACACCAAAGUGUGACGUUCUGCGGCACGCGCGAACAGGACUUUUUCUGAAAUCAGCAGAAAUCUUUUCCAUAACUCACCUGCAUUUUCCCAUAAUUCCCAGUCCUGGGCUCUUCGCAUACAGCUGAGAGCACUACUUUGCAUAAGAUUGGGACAAAAUGAAAAAAGCUAAUAUUUUAAGCAACGUGUUUCUGGCACCUCUUUUUUAACUUUGCAACUGCAAACAGACCAAUUUGCACUGUAGGAUAGGUGUUUUUUUCUCAAUUUUGUAGCCUAGUUCUAAUUAUUUAACUCUUAUUAAAAUUAUGUUUAAAAAGAGUUUGUUAACUGGUUGAACUGGGCACUCGUUGACUGGUAACUUAUUGUACGGGGUCUUUAAUUGUAAAAUCUAAUUGUAAAAUAUGUACUGAUUAAAUUGUUAAUCUGCAUACUGAUAUUUCAGUCAUCUAAUAUUUAGCCAGUUAAUGGCA